AUGGCGACGGCCCGGGCUUAUUAUGCGCCUUCGAAUCGUUCUUUUGCACCUGGCUACGGUCAGGUGUCAAUUUGGAGGGAUGGAGGGGGGCCAGAAACCCGGCUUUCAUUGAAGAUGACAAGGCGACUUGAAGGCGACACGAUUAUCCGACAGCGCCCCAUUAUUUCAAGCUUCUUUUCCGUGAGAUAUGUCAAAGAAAAUAAUAAACCCAUGGGAACAGACUUACCACUACAGCAUUGGCAGCCUACAUGUCCUCCUCCUGUAAACUCUGCAUACAUACAAGAAAUAGAUGAAUGGGGUGAGGAGAAAGCCUCACUUUCUUUCGGAGUUUCAAAUUCGAGCCAGUGGUCUUGCCAAGCUCUGCCAAACACGUCGACCAUCAUUUGCCACCAACUUUUCCAAAACUUUUCUUCUCCUGAACUGCGCUACUUACUCCUCUUAGCCAAACCUGCAAAGUAUGCCACUGAACAAUCCUCGGAUUUGAUACGACAAUGUCACCGUCCCUGCUUGGGAUAUCCCAGUACGGUGACCGGACACCGUGAUCUUUCCAGAGUCAGGUGCCAGCUUUUGCGACGCAACAACUACACCAAGGGUGUCGAUAUAAAGGAGUGUUCGACAAACUCCUUCUCUUUAAACGAUGGUCAGCGCCUUCUUACCUCCCAUCAACGGCUCUCACCCGCGCAACUAGCCCCUGAUAUAGGGAUACUCUCAUACUUUCUUUGCCUCAAGGAUGGGAGAGUAAGACCUUCACGUCGAACAUCUCCAAUGAGAAGAAACACGGUUUCAGGGGUCUUUCUCAAGGCGUGGCCGCCACCGUCUCGCCAUAGAAUUUGCACUUCCUCCGGACGGAUCUACAAAAGUGCGAGGUGA